AUGCCCUUCCCGUCAAAGCUGCUCAGCACUCCAGUUGGAGGCCAGGGCCCUGUGAUGUCUCUGACCCAACAUCAGUGGGACUGUGUCAACCGAUGCAACGAGCACUUUAGCAGAGAUGGACUCGUUCUCCCUGUAGGCGAGGGUAAGAAGGAGACAGCGCCCCUCACAGAGCGCGAGAAGAUGUUCUUGUCGCGGGAUGCCUAUCUGAGAUUCCUGACCUCGGUUCGAGGCGAUAUCUCAGCAUGUGUUGAAAAGUUGGAGAAGGCUAUCAUUUGGCGCCGCACGCACCAAAUUGACGACUUUGACGAGUGGGUGAGGAGGAUGAAGUUCGAUUCCGACAUGGGCAAGACAUUCCUUUGCCACUUUGCACCUGAUGGUCGCCCGCUGCUCUACAUGCUGUGCAACCGCGAUCAACUCCCUAUGAACAAGCGACAUCCUUGGCUCGUGCUCUUUUGCGUGGAACGCGCUACAGAGCUGAUGGCCAAUGGGCAAACUGCCUUGAUCAACAUUUUCCCUUUCACCAAGAAGCAGGGUCUCCCUGCCUCGGUUUCGGUAUCUCGAACGCUCAUGUCCUCGCUGGGCAACUAUUACCCCGAGGUCCUCUCUCGUUCCUAUGUCCUCGACGCUCCUUGGCAGAUCGGGACCUUCAUCGGUCUUGUCUGGCCUAUGGUCGACUGGUCCGCACGUCGCAAGAUCAAGAUCUGCCCAUCGGAAGUCAUCUUCAAAGAUGGCGAAGUCCCAUCUGAACGCCUUCUUAAGGACGCCGGCGGAAAGCUGGACGUCCCGUGGGACGCCGAAGCGUACUGGGAAACGCUGGUCACAACUUGCCGAGAACGGAGAGAAGAUCACCUCAGACGCUGGCGAGAACUUGGCGGCAGAUGUGGUCUUGAGGAGCGACUGUUCAAGGUAGUGGAGCGCAAUUCCAGCGAAACCACUGCGGUCGACAUCGAGGAGGAAGUGUCGGUCAUGACGGAGAACACGCAUUCGUCAGAAGAUUCGGCCUUUACUCCCCCGUCCGUCAACGCAUACACCUCCGAGCAUGGAAUCAAGCAAUGGAAGGACAACUGGAGCUUCCACGGUACCAAGACCAGUCCUACUGGCGCACGCCCCAACAUGACCAGUACAAGUCUUGAGUCCCAACAUGGCCUCGUUCAACGAGUUCAGGAGAAUGAAAAGUGGCUGAAGACAAAUCCCCCGCCUCCCAGCAGCCUCCCUCCACAGCGAAGAUGCUCGAUUCAGCGGGCCGAAGCCGACACCUUGUCUAAUUCUGGGUCCUCCACUUCCGGCUCUAGUGUCGCCGCCCGAGCGCCUCAGCGCAAAUCGUCGUUGAGGGCGCCUCAUCACCACCCUCACGCUCGCAGGUACAACGGUUCCAGCUGGACCCUUGACUCGGAGGAUGAAGAGGAACCACAGCCACGCAUGUACCCUCGUCCGCCCCCGCCACCUCGCAGUCUCAAAAGCUUCAUCUCGUCCUCUGCACUGUCAACGACAGCACCCCCGUUGCCCUCGCCACCGAUGGAGAGAGCUCGGACUAACAGCCUCGAAGCUCAAUCUCCCAAGGUCACCACCCGCCCACUUCACCGCAACGGCAGAGCUGCUGCCACAAGGGCUGCUACGGAGCCUGGAUACCCGUAUCGGGAUGAGCCUGCGCUGCGUUUGCAGCCGCGCCGCCAGUCGAGAGACGUCGAGAAGGAGCGGAAGAUUACCGACUUGUUACCCGUCAGUGACCCCGAGCCUGACAUCUACACUCCCGCUGCCGAGUCCGACACGGACGCGGAACCCGAGCCGAUCACAACUCCGGAAAAUGCCCCAGACGGUAUGGACGCCUUCACUUCCAGAGUACACCUCGGUGAUGAUGAUCACGGCAUCGAGUCUUUGUCAAAGCGGGAUUCAGUUUCGACCGUUGACACCGGAACGAGCGACGGGGACCACUCUACCGACUACAUGUCCUCCGUGUCGUCUCCACCUCACGAUCGAUGGGUAGCAAUCUUACCGGCCGCCAUGAGCUCAACUUCUCAUCUCGCCCUCGAGGCUCGACUGGAAGCCGAGCUCCAAGCACAGCUCGCCAGCGAGGGCUCCAACGACGAUGACGCCACGAUCAAAUGCUCCGACGUCGCUUCGGUCAAGAGCAAGUUUGACGCAUUCCCGUCAAGCCCCACUCCCUUCCCAUCCAGCCCGACGCUCUUGCCCCCGAGCCCCACCCAUCACAAGGUCAAGACGCACACGGUUGUCAACGCAAAGUCUUGGGGGAAGUCUCCGCCUGCGCGGACCUCGCCACUCGGGGUUCCCCCCCGAGACUCUGCCGUGAAGGGACCGAGAUCCCCGCCGCGCUCACCUCAGUCACCCGGCCGGCCUGUCCCCGGCAUGCCCUACCUCACCAACCCUGCCCCCUUUGUCCCGCACGAGUCCCCACCUCGUCUCCCGCAGAUGCAAACGGACCGCUGGAGGUUUAACGCGCCAACUCUGGGCAUGCAGCCGCCAUGGGCGACACUGCCCCGCAACGGGGGCAACAUGCGCCAGUCCAGCUAA